CUCAGCCCCAGCAGGCUCCUGUCUCACUGAGGAGCAGUGUGUCCAGCACUGGAGCCCAUCUCUCUCUCCAGCACCUGGCAGGGGGUCAACAGUCAGAAGCAAAGGGACGAAUGGGCAGAGCAGAACUUCUGGGCAGGAACAUGAGUACCGAGGAUCCCUCAGAGCUGUGGGGUCAGUCGGAUGGAGGAGCAGAUCUGCUCCAGGACUUGGGGUGGUAUCAUGGCAACCUCACACGCCAUGCAGCUGAGGCUCUUCUCCUCUCCAAUGGACGUGAUGGGAGCUACCUGCUAAGAGACAGCAAUGAGCAGGCCGGACUCUAUUCUCUCUCGGUGAGAGCCAAAGACUCUGUCAAGCACUUUCACGUCGAAUACACUGGGUAUUCAUUUAAAUUUGGCUUCAAUGAAUAUUCAACUUUAAAGGAUUUUGUCAAGCACUUUGCAAAUCAGCCUUUGAUUGGAAGCGAGACAGGGACUCUGAUUGUUUUGAAACAUCCCUAUCCAAGAAUAGUGGAAGAGCCUUCCAUUUAUGAAUCAGUCCGGGUCCACACAGCAAUGCAGACAGGAAGAACAGAAAACGACCUCGUGCCCACUGCACCUUCUCUCGGCACCAAGGAAGGCUAUCUCACCAAGCAGGGCGGCCUGGUAAAGACCUGGAAAACAAGAUGGUUCACUUUGCAGAGGAACGAACUGAAAUAUUUCAAAGACCAGAUGUCACCAGAGCCAAUUCGGAUCCUAGACCUAAGGGAGUGCUCAGCUGUUCAAUUUGAUUACUCACAGGAAAGAGUAAACUGUUUCUGCUUAGUGUUUCCAUUCAGGACAUUUUAUCUCUGUGCAAAGACAGGAGUUGAAGCUGAUGAAUGGAUCAAAAUACUGCGAUGGAAGUUGUCAAAACUAAGAAAACAGCUGGACCAAGGAGAGGAUACUGUGCGAUCUCGGUCAUUCAUCUUCAAAUAGAACUUUCUUGGCUCGGGCAAAGUGGAACGUUCCAGGUGCUCUGAUCUGCGGCAGGCUUCAGAGGGAAGGUCAUUAAAGGAUUUCCUCGGAAAACAAACACAAAGUAGACCGUGGUGGGGAGCUGGAUGUGGUUUGCUGAUUCACAGAAAACAGCUGGCUGGACCAGCCAUCUGCUCAAGACCGUGGAAGCAGCACCCGGCUGAUGGAAACUGCCUAACUCCCACUUCCAGGUGGAGCCACUCUCAGAACACGGUGCAAGAAGAAGAGUUUGCUCUCACGAGGCUCAGGCUUGUUGACUUCAGCUGCCUGGCGUCCUGCCUCAAGUCACUGUUGGCACAACUUAACUUCAGAUGUGUUAUUAAACAGCAGUAUGUUGGGGGCUCAGGCUGCUCCUUUAGGAAGCAAUUUAAGAUAAUAAACACCAAGGACUUUCAAAGGAGGGGCUGGUUCUGUUUUGUUUAUAUACAAAAACCUCAAAUAGGGCUGAAGAGGUGGCUCAGCCAUUAGAAGUGCGUCUGCUUUUGCAGAGAACCUGAGUUCCGUUUCUAGGACCCCAGACCAAGUGGCUCACGAACACCUCUAUCUCCAGCUUCAGUGGGAACAGAUGCCUCUGAUGACCUUGGGCACCUGCACACAGGUACACAUACUCACACACAUGCACAUAAUGCAAAAAAUCAUUUAAAAAGUUUUCAAAACUAAAACUUAAAAAAUGUUCAUCCUAUCUAUUUUUCCUUUCAAACGGCUUAGAAAUGAGGCUGGUGAGGUGGCUUGGUAAGCCAUCUUAGCAUUUACCACGCCACACUCAACAACCUGAGUGGGAUUCCCCAAAACUCGCAUAGACGUGGAAGCAGAGAACCAACUUCACAAAGUUGUUCUCUGACCUCUACGUGCAUGUCAGCAUAUGUGCCCCACAUCACAAAUACAUACAAUAAGUACUUUUUAAAAAGCUUACAAAUCCAGUCGAUCCUUUACUUCUAAUGAUAAACUGUAAAAACUACAUGUCUUGUGGGUAACUAGACAGGAAAAAGUAAAUUAAUGUCUAAUAAAGGGUGAGGAUGUUUUAAACAGCAAGAAAAUGCACAUUGGAGAAGGGUGAUAAGCAGUGGGUGAACUUUAGUUUAAUGGUUAUCAUCGCAAAUGUAACACACUUAUAAGCACUAAGUUAUCUUUAGCUGCCAUUUCUUCACAUUAGUUGAGACUUCACCAUAAAGGAUGCCCUCUGUCUCUCUCCAGAUCACUGUAUGAGAGGAGCCCCGGGAAGCACCCCGAGAUUAUUAAAGGGCAGCUGCUGUCACAUAGCUGUUGCAAACGGCAAUACGAGGAUUGAAUUGGAAUGACAUACUCGUGUUCAGAGGUCAUGAAUAGAUUCAAACUUCUAUUACCAUUGCUGAUGUGGCUUUUAAAGACGGAAGUUAGAAGGGACACAAAGGGGUGACGAGCCGAGAACUGGUGCCGGGCUGCUGGAACUCUGUUCUUGCAGUAGAAGGAGACAGUGGUUAGCACUUUUGUCAAGAUCCCUGAGCAAACAGCUUACAGGAAUGAUUUACUUCACUUCAUGGCUCUAGAUGUUUCAGCUCACCGUGGUCAGGGUGUGGUGCAGCAGCUCACGUCAUAGCAGGCAGGAAGCAGAGCAAGGCAGUAACAGGAAAGAGAGGAGGCAAGAUGGAGACUCCGUACGUCAUUGUGAGUGGCAUACUUCCAACCAGGCCCCAUCUUCCACAUUCUGCCACGUCCUAGUAGUCUGUUCAAAUUCUGACCCAUUUGGGUGAAAUAAAUGGAUUACACCUGUCAUUAGGUCAGCCCCCUUCUCUCUGGAAUGUCUUCAAGGACAUACCCACGAGGUAUUUUGGCAUUUCUCAAGUUGGCGUCAAGAUUCAUUCGUAGUACCUUGUUAAAUAUUUUUUUUCCCUGUUGUUUCAACAGCUGAGACUCAGAAAUUGUUUUUUCAAGAGGGUUUUUGGAGCGAGGUUGUGAAUCAGUGGUAGACUCCUCACUGCAAGAAGGGGCAUUUAACUUGUUAUGUUUGUGUUCUAUGGAAUAAAGCCGUGUCCAGAUAAAAUGUACUGUUGAGUUGGCAAGUAAACCUCCUCACCUUGAGAGCUAAGGUUUCAUUUCCGUAGAAACAAGUCUUUCUUCACGUGUUAAAUAUUCUUUUUACCUUCUGUAAAAUUUAUUUAUAUCCUUCGGUUCUGUUUAUUGAAUAAAAACUGCAUGAUUUUGUUGUA